AUGGCAGACGUGCUUACAUCAAUUUUCCACAGGGUUGAAAUUCUGGUUUUAAUUUUAUGCACAACAAAUGCACUACAAAAUUGUACAACGCUAGACGGACGACUAGGUCAAUGUGUUGAAGUGGGUUCAUGUACAUCCUUUCGUGGAUAUUCCUUACGAAAGUCUUUGACGUCAAAUCGAGCUUUGUACUACGAACGUAGUCAGUGCGACGACAGUAACAACACUUUAUGGGUAUGUUGUGCCGACAGUAAAGCUAAUGUAAGACGAUGGAACACUAGAACAAGUAGAAAGAAUAGAAAACCAACUGGAUACUCAAAACCAUCGUCAACAACUUCUGACGAAAAUUUAAUAAAAACUUCUGACAGUAUUUGCGGACGGUCAUUCAAGCAUCUCGGGAAUAGAAUUUUUGGAGGUAGAGAAACAUACAUCGGUGAAUUCCCAUGGAUGGCGCUUCUGGCGUACGAAAAACCAAAUGCGCGUUUUGUGUUUGGUUGUGCUGGGGCUUUGAUAACAAAUAAACAUGUUUUAACUGCGGCUCAUUGUGUUGUUGAAGAAUUGCUUCCGACUGGAUGGAAAUUGAAAAAAGUGAGGCUAGGUGAGUGGGACCGACGAACAAAUCCCGAUUGUCAAGAAAUUGAUGAUGUCAGCGUUUGUGCACUUGACGCAAUAGAUAUUGACAUAUCGAGAAUUAUUCCACAUGAACAAUAUGAUUCACGAAGUUCAGGGAAAUUACACGACAUUGCCAUCUUAGAUCUUGAAUAUUCAGUUGCAUUCACCGAUUUUGUUCGACCAAUUUGUUUACCAAUCAACAUCAGCAUAUCAACAGAUUAUGGUUCAGCAAGUGUUGUAGGAUUUGGAAAGACAGAAAACAACACGUCUAGUCCAAGAAUGAUUACAGGCGAUCUCGAUAUAGUGAAUCAUGAAGAAUGCAAACGAACAUAUCGCAUUCAAGGUCGAAUAAUUUCUGAUAAACAAUUUUGUGGUAUGAGAAGUGAUGUCGACACUUGCAACGGCGAUUCCGGUUCACCAAUGAUGAGGCUCAGUGAAACUUACCCGCCUCUCUGGUAUCUUAUUGGUGUGACGUCAUUUGGGCCUUUAAAAUGUGCAAAUUCCAAUAUUCCGGGUGUCUAUACAAAUGUUUUGAAGUAUUUGAACUGGAUUGAAAAUAAAUUAACCUUAGUCUCGAAUAAUUCGUUCACUAUGGCAAACUCGUUUGUAAUGGCAAACAGAAAACUUCGAGUUUUAUUAGCACUUUUUGCUCUUGUGUCACAGCUAAAUGGUGUUUUAACGCAGACAAGUUGUAGUUCUCCCGAUGAAUACCCAGGAAUAUGUGUUGAACUUGAAAGAUGCGAAAAUAUGUUCAGAUUAAGACAUAAAUCGCCACAAUUGCAUACAGAACGAUUAUACGUCACACUUAGCCUUUGUGCUUUGGAAGGAGAUAAACCGAUGGUUUGUUGCACUUCAAGUCCAUAUCCUUUGAAAGCUUUAUGGACGAACUCAACAGUACAAACUUCAACACAGAAACUUGAAGCUUUUUACACUCCUCCAACUACAACAAGCUUACCAAUAAAUCUUGGGGUAACUCAAGAGUUAACAAUAGAAGCAAAUGAAGAAUGUAGCAUGAUUUUUGAUAAUCGAAUUUAUGGCGGACGAAUGACAGGAAUCAAAGAGUUUCCAUUUACAGCGUUGAUAGCUUACGAAUCAGCAAGUUCUAAUGGUGGGAUUGGAUAUUUUUGUGGGGGUGCGUUAAUCAGUCGGAAAGCAGUGAUAACAGCAGCACAUUGUGUUCACGAUGAAGUUCUCGCUUAUAAGCAAUUUAAGAUUCGUGAUGUUCGAUUAGGCGAAUGGAAUAUGAGAACAAAUCCAGAUUGUAGUGGACCGAAAGGUCGAAGAAUUUGUGCGCCACCAGCAAUUGAUAAGAAAGUGAAAGAGAAAAUCGUUCAUGAGAAGUUUGUGCCGUUCGAUAAAAACCAAAAUUAUGAUAUUGCGCUUUUGAAGUUUCAUGAACCGAUUGAAAUCAAUGACUUUGUUCGACCGAUUUGCUUGCCCAAAUUAUCGACUUUAAUUGAAGAAUACGACGACAAUGUGCUUACAAUUGCGGGUUUUGGUAGAACAGAAAGCAGUGGGAGUAGUGUUAUGAAACUUAAAACUGAGGUUCGUGGCAUUACUAAUGUUGCAUGUCAGAAUGUUUACACGCUUGAAGAGUUGACAAUUUAUCCAACGCAGUUGUGCGCGCUUGGAGAUGAUGGCAAUGAUUCUUGCACCGGUGACAGUGGACAAGCUUUGAUUCAUAUUAAUACAAACACAACACCGGCUCGAUUAGAAUUAGCUGGAAUCGUGAGCUAUGGGCCUUCCCCAUGUGCACAGCUUAAUAAACCAGGAGUUUACACAAGAAUAAGUUCAUUCAUCAAAUCAAAUUGGAUUCAUAACAAUAUGCAAUGAAAGCUCGCAUGAGUUGGAAGAAGUUUCAACCUUGAAAACGAGUCUAAUCCCUUCGAUGUCAAAGUUCUUCCAACAAAACAUUAAUUAAGCUCUUAAAUUAUUAAGAAAAGCCUUCUAAACGUUCAUUAAACCUUAAUGAGUUUAAAAGCAACGUAAUUUUUUAAAUAACAACGAAUGCCUUCUGAAAUGUUCCUUCUCUGUAAAUUGUUAAUGAAUUACGAUGUUUAUGCUCAAAGAUAAUAAAAAAACGAAUUUCAUUAUUUUUGAAAUAUUAUUUUUAUUGUUUU